UCCCAUCAUUCUUCAUCACUGAAUCCUCCUCGUCUGGUUCUUCUCGGAAAUAGAUUUUAUGUUUUAAAUACUUCCCAUUUGAUAAGUGCAGUGGUUAAUGAAUGCAACUCAGGCAAAAUCAAGAAACUGGAUCAUGCUUUAUUUUACUUGGAUAAAUUAGUUGCACUGCACCCAUUUCCAUCUAAUACUGCUCCAUUCAAUCAUUUACUGAAUUCACUUUGAAAACUUAAAUAUCAUUCAGAUGUAAUGAUCUUGUAUAAGAGAAUGAAUUUGGUUGGGUUCAACCCCUAUUUCAUUACAUUCAACAUUUUGAUUAACAGUUGUUGUCAAUCCAAGAAUACUGACAUUGGAUUCAGCUUGUUUGGGGGUGUUCUAAAGAGGGGUUAUCAUCCUGAUGUAUAUACUUUCACUUAUUUGAUCAAAGGGUUGUGUUUGCAGGCGAAGAUUCAUUGUGCCAUGAAACUGUUUGACAGAAUGAUUGAGAUGGGAAUUCAACCGAAUGAUUGCACAUGUGCAGCUCUAAUUACUGGGCUGUGUAGAACAGGCAAUAUACAUCUUGCUCUUAAGGUGCAAAACAACAUGGUUAGAUGGAACAACUAUGAGCCGAAUGUUUAUUCCUAUUGUGUUAUCAUAGAUUCUCUAUGCAAAGGAGGUUUACUGGACGAGGCAUUGAAUCUGUUUUUGCAAAUGAUAAAUGAUGCAAAAAUAGUACUGAAUGUCAUUGUUUAUAACACAUUGAUUAAUGGCCUUUGUAACUCUGACAGGUUAGCUGAGGCUGUAAGACUCUUCGAUGGCAUGUCUAGCCGAGGGGUUUCUGCAGAUGCACUUACGUACACUUUUCUGAUUCGUGGAUUUUGCAAACGCGGGUUGUGGAACGAAACAAAGCGAUAUUUUGAUGCAAUGGCGGAGAAUGGGAUUUCUCCCACGGUAAAUAAUUUGAAUUUUUUGGUAGAUUCUCUGUGCAAAGAAGGGAAAAUAGAAGUAGCUUAUGGAAUAUGUGAAGAGAUGAUCAAGUUAGGCACAGAACCUGAUGUAUGUACUUGUAAUUUGCUGAUAGGCAGUCUGUGUUUGAUGGGUAAGCUAAAGGAGGCACGGAGCUUGUUUGAUUCAAUGGUGGGUAAGGGCCUUGAACAUAGUGUUUACAGCUUCGGUAUACUGAUUAACGGGUAUUUCAAGAGAUCUAGGUUGGAUGAAGCUAUUCAACUCUUCAAGAAAAUGCAAAAGAAGGGAUUGAAACCCAACCUAGUUACUUACAAUACACUAAUAACUGCACAGAGCUUGCUAAUUGAGAUGCAAUCUAGCGGUGUGUCUCCGGAUAUAAUCACAUAUAAUUCAAUACUGGAUGGACUUUGUAAGAGUCAAUUUAUCGACGAGGCAAUUGAAUUAUUGGGGUCUAUGGAAGAUAAAGGGUUGGAAAUCGACAUUCAGUUUUACAAUACAUUGAUGAAUGGACUGUGCAGAUCUGGGAACUUUGGGAAGGCAAUGGAACUGUUUUGCGAGAUCUCAAAGAAAAGAUUACUUCCUGACCUUGUAACAUUUAACACUUUGAUCAGUGCCGUGUGCAAAGAAGGGAUGUUUCUUGAGGCCGAAAAUUUGAUCAGGGAUAUGGAAAUUAAAGGUUGUGCACCAGAUGCUAUCACUUACGAUACCAUUAUUAAGGGUCUUCUCGAAGAAAAAUAUGUUAUGAAAGCAUUAGAGUUUCUGAAAGAAAUGCGCGCAAGGAAAUUCUCACCUAGCAACGCUGUUAAAUCCCUGUUAAUCAAUUCUCUAUCUGCGGAUCAACUCAAAAACUUAGGAUUCCCUGAACCUAGUUGUUGCCAAUCCAAGAAUACUGAUACUGGGUUCAGCUUGUUUGGGGGAAUCAUAAAGAAGGGUUAUGAUCCUGAUAAAUGCUUAUUCAUACGGUAUAUUCAUAUAGAUUCUCUGUGCAAAGGAGGGCUAGUUGGACAGGUUUUGGAUCACUUUUCUCAGAUGAUAAAGGAUGCAAAAAUAGUACCGGAUGUUGUUGUUUAUACCACAUUGGUUCAUGGUCUUUGCAAUUCUGACAGGUUAGAUGAGGUUGUAAGACUUUUCGAUGACAUGUCCAGUCAAGGGGUCUCUGCAAAUGCACUUACUUACACUUUUCUAAUUCGUGGAUUUUGCAAACGGGGGUUGUGGAAGGAAACCAAGCGAUAUUUUGAUGCAAUGGUGGGGAAUGGGAUUCUGCCAACCGUAGUUACUUUGAAUGUAUUGAUAGAUUCUCUGUGCAAAGUAGGAAAUGUAGAAGGAGCUUUUGGGAUAUUUGAUGAGAUGAUCAAGUUGGGAAUAAAACCUAAUGCAUCUACUUAUAAUCCGCUCAUGAGCGGUCUGUGUUUGGCAGGUAAGCUAAAAGAGGCGCGGCGCGGCGCUUGUUUGAUGCAAUGGUGGCUAAGGGCAUUGAACAAGAUGCUCGCAACUUCGGUAUAUUGAUUAAUUGGUAUUAC